GGGGGCAGGAGAAAAAAGCUUUUCCAAAAAAGUAUUGGCUGUCUUGAGGAAUGCGGUCGCCCCCUUGGGAAAGUACAUAUCUGGGAGCAGCAGGCGGCUCCGGGCUCGCACUCUCGCUCCUCCGCCCGAUCGCGCGCUCGCCCCGCCGCUCCUGCCGCAGCCCCAGGGCCCCUCGCAGCCGCCACCAUGGACGCCAUCAAGAAGAAGAUGCAGAUGCUGAAGCUCGACAAGGAGAACGCCUUGGAUCGAGCUGAGCAGGCGGAGGCCGACAAGAAGGCGGCGGAAGACAGGAGCAAGCAGCUGGAAGAUGAGCUGGUGUCACUGCAAAAGAAACUCAAGGGCACCGAAGAUGAACUGGACAAAUACUCUGAGGCUCUCAAAGAUGCCCAGGAGAAGCUGGAGCUGGCAGAGAAAAAGGCCACCGACGCUGAAGCCGAUGUAGCUUCUCUGAACAGACGCAUCCAGCUCGUUGAGGAAGAGUUGGAUCGUGCCCAGGAGCGUCUGGCAACAGCUUUGCAGAAGCUGGAGGAAGCUGAGAAGGCAGCAGAUGAGAGUGAGAGAGGCAUGAAAGUCAUUGAGAGUCGAGCCCAAAAGGAUGAAGAAAAAAUGGAAAUUCAGGAGAUCCAACUGAAAGAGGCCAAGCACAUUGCUGAAGAUGCCGACCGCAAAUAUGAAGAGGUGGCCCGUAAGCUGGUCAUCAUUGAGAGUGACCUGGAACGUGCAGAGGAGCGGGCUGAGCUCUCAGAAGGCAAAUGUGCCGAGCUUGAAGAAGAAUUGAAAACUGUGACGAACAACUUGAAGUCACUGGAGGCUCAGGCUGAGAAGUACUCGCAGAAGGAAGACAAAUAUGAGGAAGAGAUCAAGGUCCUUUCCGACAAGCUGAAGGAGGCUGAGACUCGGGCUGAGUUUGCGGAGAGGUCAGUAACUAAAUUGGAGAAAAGCAUUGAUGACUUAGAAGAUCAACUCUACCAGCAACUUGAGCAAAACCGCCGCCUCACUAAUGAACUAAAGCUGGCUCUGAAUGAGGAUUAAACUUAAGAGUGAAAAAACUUGGGCUGAAUUCUAGGAGUGGAGCCCACGUGCAGAAAAUCUAAGACUGUCCUACCUUCAACUAAUAGAGUUGAAAACAGUUGCUUUCUGCAGAAAUGCAAAUACAAGGAAUUGGCUGAAAGGCUGGCCUUGCCUGCAUUUUUCUCUGUAUGGCUGGAAUAAUUACGUUCUCUUUAAUCACAAAACAGCUUUUAUGGUAAAAUACUUAUGUCAAUUCAGCACUGCUCUUUGAAAUAGCAGGUCCUUUUGUUUGAACUGAUAAAUAAUGAGGAGCUCCCCCCCAAAAAAAUGUUUUCUAUUUCCCAACAGCCAUGAGUCCUACUUAUAAGUAUACAUAUAUAUGUGUGUAUAUAUAUUCCUAUUAGAUAUUCAUAUUCCUAACUUCUAAACAUAUGGUAUAGUGUUUGAAAUAUGAUUAAAUGUUCCUAUGCUUGGGCAAAAUAGCUUUUGAAAACAGGAACUCAUGCCAGAAGCUCCUGGUUGUCUGAAAGGUAUGCUUUACUCAGUCUAAUGGUGCUGUUGGAGUCUGGGGAGAAUGUCAUGCUAAUACAUAGAACACUAUAAAAAAUAUUAAGAGAAUGUCCUAAUGAAGUGUGCAUGAAACAUGUUGAUAAUUUUUUAUGAGCAACAGAAAUAAAUCAUUUUAAAAGUUCUCAGAAAACCUAUUUAUGUCAUCUUUGUUUUUGUGAGUUUGUGUUACCGCACAACUCCUAGACUUUUAACUGCCUGUACCUCCGAAAUGCCUGCCGUUUGUAACUUCUCCAGUCUGUAUAACAGUGCUGCAGCUGUAUUUGGUUUUUUACCUCUCCCUGUUCCCACGGCACACACUCAGUGAACCUUCAGCAAACCCCAUGUGCAUUUUAUCCUCAGUGCAUUGUUGGUGGAGGUGCACCUGACUGCUCUAUGAGAAUCCGUGCCAUGGCUCCUUUGGGUCAAAGACGUCCUCCCCCCAUCUUAGGUUCUUGUCUAGAAAUGAGUAAUGUCUUACAAGCAUGCCUAGUUCUAAUAAUCUCAUCCUGUGUUUGUGAUUGAUGUUUGCCUGCCUAAAUGUACAAACCACCAUUGUGUCCAAAGCACAGCUAUUCAUGACUUAAUUUUCUAAUCCCA